CGACAUUUUCAGAAUACAAAUUUUUAGUUCAGCUGGAAGAAGGGGACGCAAUAUGCAACGUACAUCGACUCGGUUCUUUGGCUGCAUGUGGCAGCAGUUAUCCAUGCCACAUCUCUUGACGUUGCGCCAUCUACAAUCCUCCAAGAUGCGCUCACGCCAUCUGGCGUCGCGUAGCUCUGGCAAGGUUCCCACAAAAGGAACGAACAAGACGACAUCCACGACGACAACGACGACGAUGCAACGAGAUACCGCACCACGACCCAUAAUGCGCGAGGAUAACAUGUGGAAGGAUCCACAGCAGUUGGACACCAAAUGGCUAAGUCCCCGCGAUCCCCGUCGCUAUAGACCCGACUUUAAACAAACCGAACCCCAUUCGCUGCGCAAACAAUUCAUGCGCAGCCCCGACGAGAGAACCCGAGAUGCCAUGGGCCGUGAUUGGGAGGCGGCGAUUCAAUUCAAUGAGAACCGUCGCCGUCAGGCGCUAUUGGCCUAUCAGCAACGUAAUCAGGAUAAGUUGGAUAAACAGUACAGUAGAAAUAAUUCUGGCCGACGAACCAAAUCCAAAUACUCCAGCAAGAAUGCCAAGGAUCGUAAAGUUGGCCCGCCAUACGAUAAACACGACGAGGAUUAAUAUCAGCUACAACAACAAGAGCAACAACAGUCACUACUUCAACAGCAACAACUUCUUCGUUCGCCCCAUUAUUAUUUUUAGUGGUAACACAUUUCCAUUUCUAUGCUAAUCGAUGGCAUUUAAUGGCCAACAUUGCCCCGAUAUCCGCAGGUUUUCCAGUGCCAGCGCCAUAAACAGUCAAAUUGCUUAUGAAAUGUGUAUUAUUUAGCAUAGUUUUAUGCUCCACAUUCACUCCCCCCGCCCCCCUACCCCCUUCGCCGUCAACGGUAUCUCCCGCUGAAAUUCUCUUGCCAUACAAGAACGCCAUCAUCAUCAUCAUCUACGUUCCAUAUCCAACGAAUCGGGAAGACGUCGCAGAAGGCGAGGGCUAUUAAAAGCACAUUUUGCUCUGGCAACAUCAAACGGGAUACAUAAUACCAGUAACCGAAACGGAAAGAGAUAGCUAGCAAACGAGAGAGAAUGAGAAUUAACGAGUAAGAUAUAUGUACAUUGAUCAAAGUGACCAUCAGCUGCAAAUGUAAAUCUUCAGUUAAUUGCAAACUAUCAAAUGUAUUUUUCGAACAUACUGUGCAUCAUUUCUCAAUAAUAUUUAUAACACAAUAAACUAAAUAACUUGGUAUAUACAA